GCAAGUUCGUCGAAGGGAGUGUUGCCGGCAGCGAUGGUUGGCCAAAUCGUCUCUAGUAUAUGUCAGAUUCACAAUAAAACGGGUUGCACUCUAACAUGGGUGCGGUUCCAUGACUACAAUGGCAAGAACAAUCUAAUCAAGUACCCUAUGGAGAUUCCAAGUGGCCAGUGGGCAAUGUUUGAGCACUCCGGCGACCCUGGAUUCCCCUCUGAAUCUGUCGGCGCUGUCGUCUACCGUUGCACGAAUCCGGACGGGGAAGAGUGUGAUUGGAUGAUGCUUUGGUCCAACAAAUAUGGGGAAACCACAAACAAGGUUAAUACUGAGAUCAGGGCAAAAGGCGGUUUUGACAAUGCUGUUUGGCCGCACAUUCGUGCUCGGAGUCAUACUAACCACAGCGAGGCAGAAUUGGAGAAGUGGAAAGCCAGUGUCAAUGUGGUGCCAAAUAAUGCCUGCAAUGUAUUCGCCACAUUCCAGGGAAUAAUUCAACCAAAUUAAGUAGAAAGUUUCAACUUAAUUAGUCCAUGGAUUUGCAUUCGGUCUAUCCACAUGCUCAUCCAUCAUAUAUAUAUAUAUAUAUGUAUGCCAAGGAUCGAUCUCUCUCUAUAUAUGUACGACUGUUUGUGUGUGUGUGAUGCAUGGUGUUCAUGGUUAAGGUUUGUGACAAAUAAAUAAUACCAUCCAUCUCAGUGUGUGUGGAUGCUAUUAGCUAAAUGCCAUGUUUAAUGGUGUCAUCAUUAAUAAUGUAAUGUGUGAGAUGUUGUUGUAUUAUAUAUAU